AUGGAUGAAUUUACUAUGCAAAUAAUUUUCGCUGUUGCAAUGUUCUUAACAACAGCAAUUGCUGGAUUUGCACCAUUUAAAUUGAUGACAAUGAUUGCCUCGGAUGGUGUAAUGAGUCGAAAAGCAUCGGUCAUUAUGUCCAUAAUGUCAUGUUAUGCUGGUGGCAUCUUCUUGGCUACUUGCUUCUUGGAUACGUUACCACAUCUGAAGAAGGGAAUAGAAAUGUUAAAAUUAUCGAGAAGUAUUGAAAUGAAAGUGGACGAGGGAACGAAAUCUCUACGUGAAUAUCGGGCAGUUGAAACAAAAGAUAUCGAAGGGAACGGUGAGAUCGUUAAUUCUGAUAUUGAAAUAAUUCAUAGAAGGAGUCGAAGUAAUAGCAUUCUAGCAAGCGGUAUUAUACAUUCAAUUACAUUUACAAUAGCAAUGUCAUUUCAUUCGAUACUCGAAGGAAUCGCACUUGGCGUGCAGGUCAUUAUUUUGAAAUAA